AUGAAACAUAAGCUGCAGAGCCAGAAGGUGUUGCAAUGAGUUUUCAAAUUACGUGUGCAGAUCGAUAUUCAGGGCGAUUGAUGAUAAAUCUCUCCGCAUUUCUUGAUUAUCGAGUUCGUUCAAGACAAUGUACUGUACUGUACUGUACUGUACUGUACGGGUGCAUGUGACAUACAGCUGACCCCGGAGGUGGGGCCUGAAGAACCACACAAAUAACUUUACAGUAUGUAUUAAGGAGCCCUGCCGAGACCCACACACUCAUCUGCCACCCACGGAGCAAGUCCAAGCCUCUAUCGGCCAUCAACUUCAACUGUGCUAUGACUACAUACCAUAGUGGUGUGGCAAUCAAAAUAUUUGGAUGUUUGAAUAUCGGCUCACUCUUCUGAUCAUUUUGUGACGCAUUUUUCAAGAAGAGAACAGACAGCAAGGUGGCAGAGGGUGACGAUAUACGAAGUAUCAAACGUGACAUAUAAGUGAAAGUUCGAUUCGAGUGUUCAAAUGAAUCAACAACCCAAGAACGUAUGCCAGGAGUCCCCGCCGGAUUAUGCAUAUGUUGUCGCUUCAUCGUCGGCGAACACAUUCCUACAGCCUCCGGCUCCUUCUCCAUACCACAACUGGCAAGAGUCUCCAGAAGAAGAUAGCUUGCCUCCACCAGCAGCGAGUUACCUUUACUCAUCUACUGGCAAUGCCUCCUCCCAUGACGCUUUGCGUGCGCACGAGUUCUGUGAUGCACACCCACUAGAUCCCCCAGCGGUGCCAUCCGUUGCUGCUUACAGAUCUGUGGAGCAUUAUGAUUUGACCCCAGUAUGGCCGUUGGAGUUUCAUGGCAAUGUGCAUGUUGCUCAUCAGGGUCGUUGGACGGGCUCCACGGGCCACGGAAACAAUGACUCUAUACUGACAACUAACUUGCCUCUUUACUUCUCUCUGAUCGACUCCCCUCUUCGCACAAAUAUGGUCAAGUCAAUCUACUUCGAAGUCAAAUUACUAGGCCUCGGCGCAAGGUCCAGCAGCAGGCCUGCCGAAUCUAGCGGGCUCGCUAUUGGAUAUGUGGCAAAGCCAUAUCCAUCUUGGAGGUCUCCCGGCUGGGAGCGAGGGAGUCUCGGCGUCUUCUCUGAUGAUGGCUGUCGCUUUGUGAAUGACUCCUGGGGCGGGAAGCCUUUUACAAGUGAAUUCCGCGAAGGAGAAACGGUUGGCCUAGGAAUGUUGUUUCGACAGUCAUGCGAUAAAAAUAGAGUUGAUGUAACCGUCUGCUUUGCUCGUGAUGGACAACAGGUGGGGGCUUGGGAUCUUGCUGAGGAAAGAGAUGAGGACUCCGGUGGAAUUCAGGGGUUAGAAGGAGAUUUCGACCUGUAUGGGGCUGUAGGUCUUUUUGGAGUGGUGGAGUUUGUUGUGGAGUUUAAUCCCACAGCUUGGUUAUGGACUCCAUCAUAUGUUGUUUGAUUUACUCACACGUUUGUUAGCCUCGAUGCUGGCGUACGUAUAUUGCAACUCGUUUGUUUGCACUACGACUCUGGCUCAACUGGACCUCGGAGUCGGAGUAAAGCCUUGGGAUACACCUUAGUAAUGAACUCUUAUGCUCGCAUGGGAAGGAUUCGAAGAAUCCUGCAGUACAGGCAGGAACAAAUGUAUUCUGCCGUAUUGCUGCACAUUCCUAUAUGUGCGCACAUGCAGGCAAAACUGGACCUGCCUUUGAUGAUAAAUCAAU